AUGCCCAUCACAGUGUUGUCUUACGAUCCUGCUUGGGCCGAUGACUUAGCGCAGAUUAAGAAAGAGUUGGAAGCGGGCCUCGACGGCGUGCCGUUCGUGUCCAUCGAGCAUGUCGGCAGUACAUCCAUCCCAGGCCUAGCUGCAAAGCCAAUCCUAGACAUCGACGUCGUCGCGACCCAGGAACAACUGCAACCCGUUCUCGAAGCGCUUCAGCAUCCUGAUCUGCAGCUCAUAUACAUGGGCGAGCUGGGUAUUCCGGACCGACAUGCAUUUCGUGCGCCGCAGAAGUUACCUGUCCGCAAUUUGUACGUCUGUAUCGAAGGCUCUGCUGCGUUGCGGAACCAUCUUGCUGUUAGGGAAUUGUUGCGCGAUGACGAGGGUUUACGACGGGAGUAUGGCGCUCUCAAAUCGGAGCUUGCGGCGAGCGGUAUGGAGAUUCACGAAUACAUGAAGGCCAAAGGCGCAUUCAUGAUGAGGAUGCUCAAACUCUCGAAUCAACUCACAGAUGCAGAAAUUGAGGACAUUCGCACAGCAACCAGCUCUGCUAUACGCAUGGCGCCAAUACAGUUGGAGCAUCUCUUCAUGCGAGAAUUUGUCAUAAGCGACGUGGACGGCUUGCAGCAGGCGGGACUAGCGACGACGACGAAAGAGGCGGAAGAGUUGGUGGUAGACAUAAUCAGAAAUGGAGGAAUGACGAAGAGGAAACAUGUUGAGCUCGCGAUACUUGCGCGAGGGAAUCAAGACGAGAGUGAAGGAAAACAAAUCAUGGGCCGUGUGGGUAUCAGGAUGAUUGAAGAUUGUGCAACGGUCGCGACGGACGGUUCGCUGAGGCGAGUUCUCGACGCCAUACCAACGGAGUUGAAGCGAGGCCGCAUGUAUCUGCUGUAUGCCUUUUGCGACCCAAAGACAGAUGAUGCGACCAUGAUGAGGAUUGCGCUGGAUGCAUUCAUUUCUGCACUUGCGCAGGUUGCUCCGAAGAGGUCCAGUGAGCAAGGUGCGACCUUGGAAACCGUUUGGCAUCUGCUUGAGGGUCGAAAGCUUUCGAAAUUAGACAACGCGUGCGUCGAAGGGGCCGCAGUCUUCCUCAUCGAAAAAACUACUUAA